GGCGUGUCUUAAACUGUCAACUAACAGAAGAACAACAAAAACAAACACCACACCGAGGGGGUUCUGUGGACGAUGGUCUUCUUGUUUCAUCAAAGUUCUCAUCAACAUUUUCUCUCAGUGGCAGAGGAGAUGUGACCUGAUGUGCAGUUGAAAACAGGCUUUCCUUUGGUCUCUGCUACAUCAGAGGCAAAGACUGAACGUGUCCUGAGGGAGAAAACUCAAAAAAUGGCUGCGACCAUGGAGUCGUCCUCUGAUGAAGAAGAGGGGUGCACCUUCAUCCAAGUCCUGAGUGAGAAAUACAACCCGGAGAAUUUCCCCUACGGCCAAGGAGUAGUGGUAAUGCCCAGCCCACCAGGGUCCCCUGUCAAAGGUCGCCUGUUCUUGCCCAAUAUGCUGGUUCUGAGUGACGCUGGAAUCAGAAAAGCCGGGGACAGGUCAGACAUUGCAGCUUUCUGUGCCCAUGUGCUAGAGCUGGAUCUGUCCCACAAUCAACUUAACGACUGGGCGGAGAUCUCCACCAUUGUUUCCAACAUCCCCCACUUGGAAUUCCUCAAUCUGAGCAUGAAUCCUCUGAGCGGCGUAGAGCUGGAGCCCAGCAUGGCCGAGGUGUUCUCCAGGGUCCGACAACUUGUCCUCAUUAACACACAAGUCAGCUGGGACACCGUGCACGCACUCACACAACAGGCACAAGAGCUGGAGGAGCUUUUCCUGUGCCUGAAUGGCUACAACACCGUGUCAGAAUCCCAGACAUCCUGUCCGUCGCUACGCCUGCUGCAGAUUACAGACAACCAGCUGAAGGAAUGGGCAGAAGUGAGGAAGUUGGGGCAGAUGUACCCGAGUCUGAAAACACUGAUUCUGGCCAAUAACAGUGUGGACUCUGUGAGUGACACUCGGGAAACACUGGAGCAGCUCUUCCCCAACCUGCGCACCAUCAACCUCAACAACUCAGGGCUUAGUAAAUGGGAGGACAUUGAAAGGCUGGCUUUCUUCCCUAAGCUGGAGGACGUAAAAGCAAAGGGGAUUCCUUUACUGCAGCCUUACACCACCCACGAGAGACGUUGCCUCCUCUUAGCACAGCUGCCAUCUGUAGUGUUGCUGAAUGGAAGUGCAGUCUCUGAUGGAGAGAGAGAGGAUGCUGAGAGGCUUUUCAUCCGGUACUACCAGGACUGCCCAGAACAGGAACUUCCUGAGAGGUACCACAUCCUUGUAUCCAAGUAUGGUCAGUUGGCCCCACUGGUGGAGGUGGACCUGAGCCCCCGCAGCAUCAUGGUGGAUAUUCGCUGGGGUGACAGGGUGGAGGCCGUCAGCCUCCGUCUGGAGCAGACGGUGGGCGACCUGAAGAAACACCUUCGAGCUCUGCUGCAGCUGCCCACCAAUGGGAUCAGGCUCUUCUACAGCGACAGGGAGAUGUGUUCGGUCCUGGGACCUGAGGAGUUGAAGUGCAGCAGCCGCGCCCUCCAUUCCUACCGAAUCCGAGAUGGGGAUGAGAUUGAAGUUGUGCCCAAAGUUAAAAGUCGCUACAGCUCCUCAGAUCUUUAAGUUCAGAGGCUCUCUGAUUUUGGAUGAAUGGGACUUUAGGAAUGAUAGAUGAACACUUACUUGAUAAUAAGCUUUGACUUGAGCCUUUAUUUUAUUUUUUAUUUUUUUAGAUUAAAAGAAAAGGUGAUAUAUUUCAGCCUUGAAUGUAAAGGUGUUUGCUGUCCACCAUAUUGAACAAAUCUAUUCAAUAGUAUAUUUGCACAUAGGAGUUCCACAUUCACAAAGCGUGUAUCCUAAGUCGCACAUGUCUGUGCUUUAGUUGCUUAAGGUAAGACUGCAGUUCACAUAACAUUUAUGAAAAAUGUUUUGCAAAUCCAAGACGGGCUGCAAAUGGUUCUCUGAAAGAAAAAACAGCAAUUGAAUGCAUACAUUGCACAUUUAGGAACUAAAACUAUUUUAUAAUUGUUUGUCUGAUUUAGAUUUGAGAUGUUAGGAUGAAAACGUUUAGCCUUGCUUGGACCAUGCAUGGGACUUAUUAGUAUUUAUGCGAGUAAAAAAAAAAUUGUUGAAAUUGGGUGACAAAAAAUAUAUAAUAGACACAAGUUCAGAUAGAAAUUGGAUUUUAAAAAUACCAACUGCUGUGUUCAUACAUUCUGCCUUGGCUGUCUUUUCUGCACCAUAAUCAGCAGCUCUUUGGUGUUUUUCAGCAAGUAAGAUUACUUUGAGGCCUGUAUACUGGAACAGUGUCCUCUGGCAGCAGGGAGCACUGCAACGUUUUAUGCCUGGGAGUAAACAGUUUGGGUGAAAAUAAUUCUAAACCAAUUUACUCCUUAAAAGCCAACAAUGGCAAACAAUGAACCUUAAGCAUGCAGCAAUGAUUGCAGCCAAGCUGACAUGCACAAAGUCUUUACAUGCAUUUCAAUUUCUGCAUGUUGGUAUUGCCAAGGGUUUGUAACCUGGCUACAGUCUACAUUUGCUUCACAUACAAAUAACUGUGGGCAAAAAAAGAGAGAAAGAUUUACAUUUUAUUUGCAUGACCAUGCCUCAAAGAGGCUUAAUUUCCUUCUAACCUUUAUCUAAGCAUACUAGAUUCGCUCAUGAGAACAUGAGGUUGUGCUUAAGUAACUCAAAUCUUUACCUGUUUUCUUCCUGUCACUCAGAUCACUCUCUUUCCACAUUCUCUUGAUAGCAGUGAAAAAUGCCCUGGGAUAACCCCUGAGCUGAAAUCACAAAUGCAGUGUGUUGGGAAUAACACGGAGCACAUGGCUGCUGCUCAGUCAAGACGCCCUGGCAGAAAGACGAGACAAGUCUGAGGUGAGCUUGGGAUCGGGACAGAAAAGAAGGAGCGUUGAUGCUCAAGUUACUGCAGGUCUUGUGGCUGUCCUGGCCAUGAAUGGAGCAGCUCUCUCUCUCUCUCCCUGCAGAGGCAGCUGAGAAACGUUGAGGCCCAGUCUGUAUGGUAACCACACACCAGCCGCUGUGUCACGGACACUUCCGCUGCAUUUAGGUUAAAAUGGGUUCAACCGACAGGCUCUUGCCCUUCACCCAUUCACCUCAAUCUCUCUUUUACAUCCGUUUUACAAACCUGACGCUUCUAGUGUCUGCUGUUUCACAGGGCGCGGGGUCGUGUACUUCUCAUUGGUUCACGUUGGCAUAGAUUGUUUUCAAAAUCAAAGAAUAGAUACAACAACACAUUUCCCACUGCACGUUGCCAGCCCCACUAGCCAGUGGAUGAGAACCCAGGAUCUCCUUGCUGAGUGCUGCAUUGAUAUAGAAAGCUAGGGACACUAACCUGUGUGCAGAUUGUUGUGAUCACCAGAUCCCAACGGAAGCUGAGUUUUAGGAGCUGGAGUAUAUUGCUCGCCGUGUCAUCAUGUACAUAAACAGUGUGUGGUGGCCAAGAAAUUGUAAAUACUGACUAACGCAUAGACUUUUUAGAGGUUUGUAUAGCUUCAUAAAAAGAGUCACUUGGGUUUCCUAUCGUAGUCCAAAGACUCUAAACGAACUGUGUUGUCAAUGUUUCCCUUUCUUUUGCUCAAUGAAUGCUGGGAUAUGUUUCUUGCCUACCUGUCUCUGAAUAGCUCUGACAUUUCACCGUGUUUAUUGCAUGUAUGCUGUGUAAAUUGGGGCCCAGUGUCAAGUGCAUUUGUUGAUGAAAAGGUGAUGAGAACGUAUAACUAAAAAUCAGAAAGGUCUUACACACACACACACACACACACACACACACAGACCCUUUCUGUGGAGUGCAAAGCAGUUGUUUGAAAUUUUGUUAGGUGAAGUGAGCUGCCAAGAUAAAUAUUUUCUCUUGAACACAUUUAUACCGAUUUAUUAUAAGUGGUUUAGACGUGCGUUAGUAAGUUUUAGAAAAUGUGUUUGAGGCGCUGUCAUUGUAUGGCAGCCUUAUAGUGCUGUCUGGAUCGCUCCUCUGUGUAGUAGAUAACUGGAGAUCUCUUCUGGAUUUUUCUGUCUUGACUCACAUGCAUUAUACUAUAUUAUGAUUGAGUUACAUGGGAAGUAAUGGGAAGAGCGUAAAGCAUUUUGUUUCUGAAGGGAUGCUGUGGUAAGUUAGUGGUUUGCAUAUUCUGGUAUUUGUUGAUAUAUUUGAUUGAAAAUGUGUGAGAUGUGUCAUUUCAGGGAAACAGUGUUGUUUAUGGGCAUUUGUAAUUUUGACACUUUUAAAAUAUAAUCUGUGCUCUUUUCAUCUUCACUUUUAUCAUUUAAGUAAUACACAAUACAAAGAUUAUGUACAGAUUAAAAGAUCUAAAAGAUAGUUGCUAAUCUGUAAUACAGUUUGCCUUCCGCUGUUUAGUAUAUGGUGUUUUUAAUUUAUAUCACAUUUGCUCUCUGUCGUUUCUCAAAUGUUAUCUUGAUAUUUAAUGGUAAAUUCUUGUUUUCUUUCUUGAGGUCAUAUUGUCAUUUCUACACCUGCACUGUGCAAUGGAGCUUUCACUUCUCUUUAACAAAUAAAUUCAAAUUAUUUCAUCUUA